UUAGUGGUCAGCCACAGUUAGUUCAGAUAGGGUUGAAGUAGUGACCACUCACAUAAGGAUGGGUGUGGCUAUAGAGGAAAGAUGCGCGGAACUCCACGAUUGUAUACCUCCUCCAUUUGAGGAGAUGCAUUGGUAAGUCAGAACAGAAAGGGCCAUAUUGAGGGUCUGAUGAUCUUGUCUGCGUGGGGUGAGGGGGACAACCUGCUUUUCAUCUUGAGAUCAAGACAAGGAUAUUGACAGCCUGGGAAGCACCAUGCGAGCUGUGCUGUCUUGUUUAUUGAUCAUGAUUUUCAUGGUCCUGCUCACAUCAAAUGGUAAGAAGUAUUUCUUUAAAUCUGUCUUUUUUUUUCCACUCAAGAGUGUUGUUCUGCCACUCAUCGUCACGCUUAAACAGUUCCAGGGGGCAAGAUGCGCUCCUUCUAAAAACACACAGAACUUUGGUUGCCCACUCUUUGGUUCUCCUGUGUUUUCCUCAGGUACUGCUCUCCAAUGUUACACAUGUAUGGCCUCCAAUAAUGAAGACUGCAACCGACAAGGCUCCAGAACAUGUCCCAGCUACUCAGAUGCCUGUGCUGUGGUGGCGGGUCAUAACAGUGGGGUGAUGAAGUCCUGCUCCUACAAGUCUUUCUGCAGCCAGGUUAACAGUCAGAGCUACCGAGUUCACUGCUGCUAUAGCAACGACUGCAAUAUCACAAGCGCUGCCGGCAAGAUGCACACACCUGGCUAUUUGUUGUUGAUUUUAAAUUUGUUGUACCACUGUUUUCCCUGGUAGACUAUGAGAACGACUUGCAACCUUAUCUCAACUAUGAUUGCAGUUCAAAUGUACUCUCCAACUUAAAUGUCGUUUGUUAAACAUGUUAAUGACAUGUUCUUGGGAAGUUAGCGUGCAUAGAAUUGUUUGAGGUGCGCCUGGCUGGCUUAUGCACACCACAUAAGAUUAAAACCAUUAAGAAGAUCUCACGUGGCUCUGGCUUAUCGUGUAUUUAUCUAAACCAAUAAGAUGAGGAAAACUAGAAGGGCUGAUAUAACAUCUAAUUAUUGUAUACUAUUAUUGUCAUGUAUUUGUACCUGAAAUGAAGGGAAAACACAAUUGACAAGUGUUCAUCAUGGUUUGCUCACAGGCUUUAAAGAUCAGUCGGCGUGCCAUUGCAUCAUCGGCCCAGAGUCGUUGAUGAACUAUUUUGGAAUGUGGUGAUAGUCAUUUGCACAUACUGCAAAUCCACAUGAGCCUUUAACCACGAACCAGGCAUGUUGCACGGAUGAGGGUUUUACACUUGGUGAGAGUGAUACUGGACAUAUAUGCAUCAAGCAUUGCCUUCAUUACUAUUAUUUAUUAAAUCACUAGAUCGAGAAUUGUUUAAGAAAUGUAAAAAUACAUGUACUGUAAAUAUUAUACUUUAAGCACUACUGUUUAAUGUUAGGGAACAAAGCUUCUCUGUCUACUCUACCUGUACAGAAUUUACAGUAUGUAUACCGCGCCAUCAUUCACUCUAACAGUGGAUCACUGCUGGAAUAUUAUUUGGAUGUCCAUAAUUGAAUUUACAGUAAAAUGAUUUUUUUUUGCAACUGCAGCUAUGUUUAUGUUUUCAAUAUUCAUCAAUAAACAAAAUAGUUAGUUACGGAA